AUUCAAUAUCCGGUGAUGACGUCUCACUUCCUGUCUUGUUCCUAUAGCUUAGCAUCUGUAGCGCAACAAUGGCGUCCUGCAGUACGGUAACUGCUACAGCCACCGACGAGGAACAGUCCGAAACUCCUGCGGCUCAGAAGAGAGAAGAGAGGCUGCGGAAAUUUCGGGAGUUGCAUUUCAAACGGAACGAAGCACGGAAACUGAACCACCAGGAGGUUGUGGAGGAGGACAAGAGACAGAAGCUCCCUUCCAACUGGGAAGCUAAGAAAGCUCGACACGAGUGGGAGCUCGCUGAAGAUCUAAAGAAAAAGGAAUGUGCUGAGAAAGGGGAGGACUAUCACAGAGUGAAACUGCUGGACAUCACUGCUGAUGAUGCAGAGCGCUGGGAGAGGAAGAAGAAGAAGAAGAACCCAGAUACAGGAUUUGCAGGUUAUGCUGAGGCCCAGUUCAGACAGUACCAGCGGCUCACCAAACAGAUCCGACCAGACUUUGAAAGCUACGAGAAACAGCGAGAUGAGAGUGGUGCAGACUUUUACCCCACGUCCAACAGCCUGAUCCACGGCACUCACGUCCCCUCAAAGGACGGAAUUGAUCGCAUGGUGGAAGAUGUAGAGAAACAGAUCGAGAAGCGGGCCAAGUACAGCCGGCGCAGGGCCUACAACGACGACGCAGAUAUCGACUACAUCAACGAGAGGAACGCCAAGUUCAACAAGAAGGCGGAGCGUUUCUACGGCAAAUACACAGCGGAGAUCAAACAAAACCUGGAGAGAGGCACGGCUGUCUAGUCACCUCAGAGGAUUUUAGCUGGUUCCGUUUUUUCUUUUUCUAAUCUCUGCUCUCAAACAUCUUUUUAUUGAAAGAUAACUCGGUCAUCUGUGUGAUAUGUAAUGUUUGGUGUUCCUUUGUACAGUAUUAGAUGUUUAAACAACACAUGCUCAUGUUCCCAUCCUUAUUUUUAAAUAAACCACUUGCAAUUAUCCAGUUAUCUUGCA